AUGCCAAUAACCACCUCCGCAGCAUGGUUUCAGGCAGCAGAGAGAGGACAUGUGGAUAGCGUCAUCUCUCAUUUGCAUAAGUUCGCAGGGUCUGUUGAUAGUGAAGGCUCAACUGCACUUAUUAAAGCAGCCAGGAAUGGUCAUUCAGAUUUGGUUGAAAUUCUGCUAGAACCGGAAGCACGGCAUAUUAACAGGCGCGGAGAGACAGCAUUGUUGCUUGCUGCAUCCAACAAUCAUGUCAAGUGCUGCGAACUUCUUGUGGCAGCAGAGUAUGAUAUUUUAUCUCCAGAUGGGCUUACAGCACUGCAUGUAGCAGCGCGUAGUGGAUCAGCCGGGGUCUUGCCAAUUCUUCACCAGUAUAUUCAUGACUGCAGUGAUGGAACUGGUCAUACUGUCCUGGAUCAGGCCGCUAUAGCUGGCAGUCUAGAAUCAGUGAGUGUUUUGCGUAGAUUGCUUUCUCCAGAUAGGAAAACCGUUGCCAAAGCCAUGGAGUGCUGCAAGAAUAAGGAAACGUUAGCCUUCUUGCAGAGCCUAUACGAUGAUGCGUCGCAGCGGUACUAUAGCAGUAUGGACGAUUUGUCCAAUGAAGUAGAUAAGUUACUGUCAGCUGUUCCCAGUUUCACCGACCCCCGCUUAAGCACACCUGUGAGCUCUUUUAAUUCUGAACUGGGAGCCAUUUCUGUACGGCGCCUCGACCCCGAGAGUUUGGCAAGCUCUGGUUCCAAAGGUACUCACCCAGUUAGGCCGGCUUCGUAUAGAAAAGAGAGCCCCAAAAUCCGUGAGGUGCCUUUGCAUUCUAGCUCCUUUUCAUAUUCUCAAGCAAGGCCAUCCUUGAAUUCUUUAGGACAACACAUUUUGCAUCAGGCUUCUCUGAGUUCCCAACAGAUCAAGAGGAAACAUCCACCACACUAUUCUGUGAACUCGCGAGGAAAGGCUGACUGUGAGACACAAACAAGUAUGUUGAUUGAUGUCUGUGAGCGUUCCAUUCAAUCAGACAUCCAGACAGAUAAUACAUUGGAGCUUUUUAAGCAAGAGAAUUUGCGGCUUGUCACUGCUUUAUCGGAUUACGAGUCCAUUAUUACUGAAAAAGAUACGGUUAUAGCUCAGCUAAAGCAAUCCGUUGAAGACUAUAAGCAACAACUUGUUCAGCUACAAACUCAAUCAAACAUGUCGAUUCCCAACCAACAAUGUUUGCCAGAUAACAUCACUGAUUGUGACCUAUCUACCUUAACUGGUUCAGUGAUUAAUUCACACCAGCCCUGUGUACCGCACGUAGAUGAGCAUAGUCUUUAUCAGAGUACUAUGCACAGUCUAAAUGUCACUCAGACGUCACUGACAUCGACACGACGUCGACAUAGAAGCUCUAAAACGACAGAAGCUCUGGAAAGUCAAGUAAAGGAGCUCGUGGAACGACUGAAGACCUCGCACGAACAGCUAAAGCGCGCUAGCCAGCGGGAGCUGCACUACGAGAACAUAAAGCAAAAGCUUCUUGCACUAUCAAAAUCUAGAGAGCUAUCAAUUUACAAGACUCAAAUAGAGACUGCAAAUAAAGAUACGUCUGACUCUGUCUACCUGGACGAAGACAAGGAUUGGAAUGAAAGCAUUUCUAACGCCCUAUUUACGAUUUCGUGUCUGCACAAAGUCUUGCAAGCUAGCUCACAAAUUCGUGAAGAACAGAAGAAAGAACUAGAUCGUCUGCACGACAUAGAAUCUAAACUUUUGGAACAACGAGUGCACACUGAAAAUAUCGACACUCUUCAUGCAACAAUUAGGGACCUUCAUCGCCAGUUGGAAGAAAGAGCUAUGGAUCUAGACAAAAGCGCUGAGUUGCAGCUAGUAAAGGCAGAGCUAUCCUCCCUUCAAUGUAAGCACGACAUCCUUUUGCAAAAGACAGCUAGCCUGGAACAGAACAAUAUUAAGCGUGGGUACAACGAAAGCGUCUAUGCUGAAAAGCUUGGUAUUCUAAGAGAUAUUCAAGAGCGUGGGUAUUUAGCGGAUCCAGCGUACAGGGUGCUUCUCUCACGAUGUGAGGAUUUAGGGGGAAAGCUUUUGGAGAGUCGAAAGCAAAACGAGCAACUAAUGAACGAAAUUCUUAAUAGCAAAAUACGGCUCUCGAAGCUUGAGCAGACAGGUUGCCUGACUGAGGAUCUUACUUCUGCCCUAGACCAAUCUACUCUAUCGACUACUAGACCAUCAAGCUCUGAACGUGUGCGUAUCCAGCCUGUCUCUUCUUGCGUGCCCUCUGAAGCUGUUCACACAUUAGAUGCGCUCAAAGCAGAAGCAGAACCUCAGGAGCCAGUUCCAUCAACGCAAUCUGUGGGCAGAAAUUUCUUUGAUCAGCAAGUGCUAAAGCAAGGGGCUCCCACUACAUCUGCCCAAGGAACUUUCAAGGAUAGUAUGCAUUACACAGAUAUCUUGACCACAACCAUGCUAGCUACAACACGAACGGGCUCGUCUAUGUUGCAGUCCAAUUUAUACGAGAAGAUAGAAGCGGACGGAACUACCCCACUUAUGCAUGCAGCAGCAGAAAACGACUCUGAAAAGGUGGAUAAGCAUAUGCGUUACGCGGGAAUGGCUAGAUACGAUGGCACAACAGCCUUGAUGGUUGCUGCGGAGCAUAACUCUAUAAAUGUGGUUGAGCUUCUUCUCAAAGACGAAGCCUGCAUGUUUCGAAAAGACGGGAUGCGUGCGCUGGACAUUGCAGAAGCUUGCGGUAAUACAGCCGUUGCAGCGCUUCUACGUACAGUAGAAAAACCACUGGCCAACUCUACUUCUGCUAAUGCAGGUGUGUGCGCGUUCACAGAGCUUAUGUCCGCUGCAGAACAUUGCAAUGUGAAUGCCGCAUUAGUCCUAUCAAAAUACCAGUCUAAGUGUAGAGAUGCGCAAGGACGAACUGCACUGAUGUGUGCUGCGGCUGCUGGAUGUAACGAAAUAGUUAGUUUACUAUUAGAUCAAGAAGGGGGUAUGCAGGACAAUGCAGGACGGACAGCACUUAUGUACGCUUGUAUGCAUGGGCACCCUGAAUGUGUAGAGCUUCUCUACGCCAGAGAGAUCCUAAUACAGGAUAAUAAGGGGAACAAGGCACUAAGAUAUGCUGUUGACAAAGCAUCGCAUGGUGAUAGAAGCGUGGAGAAUAAAAUCUUAGAGAUUCUAUGUAUACCACACUGA